CUAUCAAUGUGAUCAACAAAUUUGUGUCGGAUACACGAAUUACAAUUGCUAAAAAUAAAUGACUGACCAACUGAGAUUGAUUUUGCAGGGGGGAAAUUAGCUGAAGUAGAAAGAAUUUAAUGCAAGCAAGGGGGGCAGUUAAAAACAAAAGAAAGCCAUCAUUUUCAUUCUCCUCUUCUUCAUCUUUCUGCGCAAGAUAAACAAAAGCAAGCAGUUGACACAUACAUUACAGGAAAUGGAAGGUACUAUAGUAAGAAGAGUGAUUCCUUCAGACAACAGUUGCCUCUUUAAUGCUGUUGGCUAUAUUAUGGAACAUGACAAACAUAAAGCUCCAGAGUUGAGGCAGGUCAUAGCUGCAACAGUAGCAAGUGAUCCUAAAAAAUAUUCCGAAGCUUUCCUUGGAAAGCCGAAUGAGGAGUAUUGUGCUUGGAUUCUAAAUCCAGAGAAAUGGGGAGGUGCCAUAGAGCUUUCGAUAUUAGCAGAAUAUUAUGGACGUGAGAUUGCCGCUUACGAUAUUCAAACCACUAGAUGUGAUUUGUAUGGACAGGGGAAGAAUUAUCAGGAAAGAGUCAUGCUGAUAUAUGAUGGGCUCCACUAUGAUGCUUUGGCCAUGUCUCCAUCUGAUGGAGCUCCUGAAGAGUUUGAUCAGACAAUAUUCGCUGUAAGGAAUGAUAGAACACUUGGGCCUGUUGAGGGGCUUACUCUGAAUCUUGUUAAGGAACAACAAAGGAAAAGGUCUUACACCGAUACUGCCAACUUCACUUUGCGGUGUGGAGUAUGCCAAAUUGGAGUUAUAGGUCAAAAGGAAGCGGUCCAGCAUGCAGAAGCAACGGGACAUGUCAACUUUCAAGAAUACAAGUGAGACAAAAAAGAGAGGACCGAAACUUGGUCCCUUCGUUAUUGUCUUGAGUGAUUCAAAUUUGUUUCAUGAAAUUGUAUGUUUCGAUCAAAUAAGUGCAACUUAUUAAAUUGAUUUAGCAGAGUUUAAGAACUCUCACCUGGAGAAAAUGAUGUAAGAUUGUAUGAUGUUGUACCAUAUUGCUUGAAGUUGACACCUUCAAAAAGGUUUUCGUUA